AUGAAAUUUCAAUCGAUAAUUCAUUAUCUCCUAUUGAUCGUUGUCGUUAGGAAUGGAGAUGCUCAGCAACCAAUGACUGGAAAACUGUCAAAGGAGGAGAAUAAGGAGAGGCUGGCGACUUGUGGCACGGAACUGAUUUAUACAUUUGCAACAGAUAUCAACCCCGUACAGACUAUCCCAGCGUACUGGCCCAGUUGGCUGUUACCUUUGAACAAUUUCAAAAAUCCUGGAUGGUCACUGGGUACUGUAAUAUCUCCCAGACACUUAUUGGCGUUUUCUGAAGUGGUUAUGAAUGAUGCACAAUGA